AGGGCAAACUACUAAAGACAGGCUACUUCAGAUAAUCUGGAGUGGUGGGAGUGUUAUCUCUGAGACCCACAAAGGAGUGGACACUGCUUAAGAGGUGUGUCUGUGGCUGCAGUUCUGUGUUGUCUGUGCACAAGGAGGAAGCUCUGACAGGAGUGUACUUGGUUGGCUCACCUUAAGACUCUGACAGUAAAAGCAACAAAACAAAGAUGAGUGAAGUUAAGCAAGAGGAUCUGCAAGCAAUGCGGGAGUGGCUGAAGAAACAGCCACACCUCCCAUCUCUUCCAGAUUAUCAACUGAUAAUGUUCUUGCACAGUUGUUAUUACAGUCUGGAACGUGCAAAGCAAGCACUUGAUGUUUGUUUCACAGUAAGGACACAUGCACCUGAAGUUUUUGAAAACAGAGCUCCAGAUUCAGCUGAUGUCCAGUCAGCUGUGAAUGUAAUAGAAGCUUGUACACUGCCACACAAAGAUGAUAAGGGAAAUACUAUUAUUUUUACUCGUUUGAAGGAUACUGAUCCAUCAAAAUUUAACUGUGAUAAUAUUAUAAAGGCAGCUCUGUUAGGUCUUGAAGUUCUUUUGAAAGAGAAUCCUACAGCUCCAGGCUACGUCUUUGUGUUUGAUCCAACAGGCUUUGGUCUUCAACAUAUUUCCAAAGUAACUAUAAGCACUAUCAGGAAGUUUAUGGUAUAUGUUCAGGAAGGUUUUCCUCUUAGAAUGAAGGCUGUGCAUGUGCUAAACACAAACACUAUCAUUGACAAGGUCAUGAUGCUUCUCAAACCUUUCCUUGAUAAGGAGUUGGCUAGCAUUCUCUUCUUCCACACACCACCAAAUGAUGAAUUUUUCAAGGUGUAUAAUAAGGAAUGGAUGCCAAGCGAGUAUGGUGGCAAGGAAAAAACUGUUGCUGAACUAACUGAUGAUAUGCGGCAGUUGGUUCUCAAGGAAGGGAGUAGUUACGUGGCAGAGGAGGCUAAAUGGAGAGUGGAUGAGAGUAAGAGACAAGGCAAGCUGAAGACGAAGGUAGACUUGUUUGGAGCUGACGGGUCCUUCAAGAAGUUGUCCAUUGACUGAAAAAGCUGCCUGAGAUGGAGCACAAGUCCGCAGCCAGUGACAUCUUUUGCAUGGAGUUAAGCAGAUACAUGUACUCUCGCAAAACCACAGAAACAACAGGAUCCUGUAGUCCAUAUUCAGAAAUGUGUUGUUUUCUUUUGCAGAAAAUAAAAUAGAAAACAUUUACACUGUUAAACUUGCAGUAAAAUACAUUUUGAAUGAUACAGUGAGCUAUUAAUUCUUGUUCAAAUAACUAAUAGUAGCAUAAAGAGUACAAUACUAUCUGUAUAAUAAGAUAAAAAAUGUAAGGAAUGGUAUUGUGUUUUUGCAAUAAACGUUAUCUGAAAAAAAUUA